AUUAAAUUUUGUUGUAUUUUUGGUCAUAAAAUCCUUGCCGCUAGUGUAAAAUUGUAUUGUGAAAUUCAGUUAACUAAUAAAAAUGGUAGGAAUAAUACAUAGCGUAAUGUUUGUCAUUUGUAUCAAAUAUAGUGUUUGUCAAGCUAAUGACACUGGUGGUAAUGUAACGCAGAACAAUAUUCAUGAGGUCGUUACUUUGACCACUACGCCAAGCGUAUUUAAUGAAAGUACACUUAUUAUCGCAAAUGAAAUAGAAGAAGUUUCUAACGAAUCUGACAGUAACGACACUGUUACGUGGGAAUUAUUUAUAAGUGUCCUGAAAUCUGUAUCAUUAGACCAAUUGAAGCAAAUAAAAUCUAACAUCAAGAACUAUUACAACUUAGGUGAAAAGGAAAUCGCUAAAGUCAACAAGGCAUUUAACGCUACUGAUUUAGAAUACGAGUAUCUAUUGCAAUACAAAUUAAAGAAAAUGAUAGAAGAAAAACGUUUCAAUGAAUCUGAAGAUUUCUUGUUGGAUUUUAUGGAUUUAUCCAACUUCUUAAUUGAAAAGAUAUUAGAGUAUUCAUUAGCCAAAUUGAAAGAAGGAACGUGGCUUGCCCGCACUAAUUGGCAUCGACAGACCUUAAAAGAAAAAAUCUUCAGACAGCAAGUAAAACUUGGCAUCAGUUUGAUAGAAAUGCAAAUGUGUAAUGCGUUGGGUCUAUGCAAAGAAAGGGAACAUUAUUCUGAUUACAUAAUCGAGUGGCUCAGGAUUCUCCUUAAUGACGGUGAUGCUAUUAUAAGAGAAGUUUUAACUGCUGUACCUGUAGUUUUAGAAAAAUAUUCUACAUCUAUAAAAUCUAAUGUAAUGUUUAGAAAGAACUUGCUGUAUGCAUCUAAGACUAAUGCUAGCGCUCAAAGAGAUGUGCUGGAUUUCAUUGAUGAAGUGAUAACAAAUGAAAAUGUUUUUAAAUUUAUUCCAAAUGUGUUGAAAAAAUGUGCAGUGUUACUUAUAGAACUACUUAAUGAAAUUAACGACGUUUACGAUUUAAAUGAUAACAAUAUUGAAGAGCUAGAAACUGUUUCACACAUGUUUAUGUCUUGGAAUGGAGGUGCUACUGGAAUAGAAGAUAUAUUAGAUAUGAUAAUAAUUAUCCUGCUUUCGCCUCCGAGAUUUAUUUUACCAUGCGCGAAUAAACAACGUAAGCUACAGUUAGGUUUACUUAAUGCUGGUUCUCUCGGUACACGUCACGACGAAUUCAUAGUAGCUGUGGAAAAGCAUCACGUCGACCUACUGGCAAUAAACGAGACGUGGCUGCGUGUGGGACAGGACGCGCGCGCACCGGCGGUGCCGGGAUACAGACUGAGACACGUUCCGCGACCGAGCUCCGUGCGCUCGCGCGGCGGUGGAGUGGGUUUUUAUGUACGCCUAGGAGUGAGCGCGCGGGUUCUGCCCCACCCUCCAUCGGAAAAUGUCGAGCAGAUGUGGUUAUGCCUAACAGUGAGUGGAAAGAAGAUAGUUAUAGGGACUGCGUAUAGGCCGCCGUGGCUGAAUAUUGAUAUAUUUCUCGAUGCGGUGUCUUCGUCAUUGGAAACGUUUACAUGGUGUGACAAUGUUGUAUUGUUGGUAGUGUCCGACCGAAACUAG